CUUGUCAUGCGCCUACGCUUCAAUUUUGUUGGACUUUUGAUACUUUUGCUGGCGUCCUUACCUCGAGUUCGUGCUUUUCGCAGCACUGGAAAUUGCUCGCACGCCUACGGGACAUCGUAUAAGUUCGUGUGCAAGGGUAAAGUGUCGCAAGAUAUGCACAUAUUAUUUCGGGACAAUCGAGCACCCCCGGAAACAACCUUUAGCGUGUGGGAAAGCGAGGAGUCGAAUUUCCUGAUCUCGUUUUACACCGAGGCGCUGACAAAAUUUGAAACCAUCUAUUUGGCACAAUCCCCGUUCAUGCUCAGCCACUACUUCGUGGGGCUUGCAGGGAACGGAUCCGUGGAACAUUUAAUGAUCUCACCGUCUACACUUCACUGCUUCUCCUUCAGUCUGCGCUAUCCGAACGAGCUGAGAAGGCAUUGCCUUAAAGAAGGCUUGGGAGAUGGAGAUGAUGUGGCCAAAAGGCCGAUCCUUCAGUACGGUUCGCUCUCCGUAAAAGUGCCCGUGGCCGCAGAAACGAGUGCUGCUGGUACCAUCCAUCUGUUUCAGGCGUUGCUGCUCCUCGUGUAUGCGAUAAUAUAACAAUAUAUCUGAUUUGUACAAGCAAAGUGGUUCUUUUUUUCGCAUUAAUUAAAAGA